AUGGUUUAUUUUCAGCUGCUCACAGCAGUAGCUGUCGCGACACUAGCCUACGCGCAGACAGAUGGCCUCGACAAGGAUAUUCAGACGCUCUACGAGCGAAGAGUAGAGUCUGCAGUUGCCCAGUCCGGUGCUACAGCCGAACUUGUUCAAUCUUAUAUGUCUACUAUUCAGGAGGACGGAACAUGGAAAGACGUCAACUACACUACUGGUUGUGAUGCUCGGCGUGCCAAUUGGCCAGCCAGCAUUCACUGGACUCGAAUUCUUGCUAUGUCUGCGGCGUACUAUGGUGCUCCCGGAGCUGAAGAAUAUGCUAAAAGCUCGGAACUGCGGGGUAUCAUAUCGCGAGCAAUGGAAUAUUGGUUUGCUAAUGACUUCAGCACAAUUGGUAAUGGAGCAUGUCUGGAUGGAGGGGGUCUUGCUGGUGACCUAUGCCCGUGUGGGACUCCAGGCCUAUGGAAUACGAAUUGGUAUAGCAACGUGAUCCUUGUCCCCAGACCUGCUGGAGCAGCCUGUCUAUUGUUACGCGAUGACCUGACCUCUACAGAGUUAGGAAAUUGUACCCAAAUGACUGCACGCUCUGAUGCAGUAUUUUAUCGAGAUAUUCUGCCAAGCUAUACCGCUGGCGCAAACACACUGGAGAUCUCUUCAAUUGCAAUUGCCUGUGCACUGUUGGAAAAUAACCGUACAGGAAACAUCACGAGAUUGGACGGCGUGUUCGACCGCGUCCAUAGAGAGCUCGUCACUCAUGACGAAGAUCGGGUGGAUGGUGUAAAGCCAGAUGGCUCGUUCCAUCAGCACAUUGGGAUAAUAUACAACGGCAAUUACGGAGCUGUCUUCUCACGGAACAUGGCAGCAUUCGAGAUACAAUCCCUCAACACGAGAUUUCAAGCAGACGAAGCCAGUCGAGAUGUACUGGGUUUACUUCUCGGAGGCACACAAUGGAUGGUAUUUAGCGAUCCCUCAAGAAAGAAACAUUUUUGGGACUAUACUGUUAUUCCUAGGUUCAUUUCCUUCGCGAUUGCGGAUAAUCAGCCAAGCUCAGGCCUCGGAGCUCUGGAUCCUAACUAUCGAACUCUCGGCGAUGCAUGGAAUCAAACUCAGAUACAAAGAUUUGUCAGGGACCUGGAACCAGUACCAACUUCAGUCAAUGCAGGUCCACUUGUGGGUAACAGGAUGUUCUGGAACUCCGAUUAUAUGGUCCAUCGUACGGAGGACACCAUUACCACCCUCAAACUUAUCUCGAAUCGAACCAAGACGUCCGAGUGCGUCAAUACCCAAAAUCCUUAUGGUUUUCACCUUUCGGAUGGGGUCAUGUACCAAUACUCUACUGGGGCAGAGUACCAGGAUAUGUGGGCUACUCUUGAUUGGAACCUCGCUCCAGGUUCUACAACAGACUACAACGUCACGAUCUUGAAUUGCUCCAAGACUGCAACGUUCGGUAUUGAUCCUUAUGCAGGCGGUGUUAGUUCAGGGGAUGCUGGUAUUGCGGCUAUGAAGUAUCUCAACCCCCAAACGCAGCAAUUCAGCUUCCGAAAAGCGUGGCUCUUCUUCUCUGACAACGUGCAGCAUGUUCUAGUCAAUGGCGUCGUGUCCAACAGCACCGCACCUGUGUACUCCAACCUCGACCAGAGACUUCACAAGGGCCCUAUCUACAUCGACGACAACGAAAUUACCAGCGGAAACCAUAGUGGCGUGAGCAGUUUAUGGCAUUCUGGAACAGGCUACGUAUUUCCCAAGGCACAAGAAACGGAAAUAUGGCUUAAUGCAGGGGAAAAGACUGGUGAAUGGAAGUCAAUUGGGACAAGUACCCAGCCUGCAUAUACCACCGAUAUGUUUGCCGCAUCGAUUGUUCACGAUUCAUGCAAUUUGGACUCGCCGAUAGAAUAUUCCAUCUUUCCUGCGACUAGCUCGAACGAGCAGUUCAAGACCAAGGCCAGCGAAAAUACUCCCAGUACAAUUAUCAACGAUGGUACCGUGAGCGCAGCCAUCGACUCAAAGGGCCAUUUGAUGGGCGCUGCGUUUUGGACCGAAGGAGGCGGCUCAGUACCAGUCUCGGCUAUGGGCUUGACGGUUCAUGUUGACCGGCCUGUCGUGCUCAUGAUAAAACGUGUCGAUGAGCAGUCUUGUGAGGUACAUUUGGCAGAUCCUGCACACGGGAGCGGGAUUGUGAAGGUACGACUGGAGAAAUUGUCCAAAGGCUAUCGGCAUAAACAUAGGCGCAAUGAUCGACGACAGCUAGGACACGCGGCAGGCGAAUUUUAUGUAGGUGCCAGACACCACCACCGCUCCGAGUUGGAGACGACAAAUAAUGAUGUAUUGUUGGAGUUUGAGCUCCCCGAUGGUGGAAUGGCUGGAUCUGGAGUAACCAAAGUGUUUAACUGUAAAUGGGCAUAG